GCAGCUGCCGCUCCGCCGCCUCCGCCGCCAUCUUCCCGCCCCCCGCGCUUCCGCUUCCCUGUCAGGAGGCAGCGCCAUGGCGGGGCCCCGGGCCAGGGCUGCAGCCCUCUUGCUUUCCUCUGUGGUCCGGCACCAGAGCUCCCAGAGCAUCUCCCCGCAGCACGGACUUGUUGCCAAAACAUCUCUGACCUCACCUCCUUGGCCUGAAGUGAAACUCCCAGAUCCAGCAGAAGAAGCCAAGUAUCAUGCAGAAGUGGUACAGAAGGUGAAGGAGCUGAUCGCAGCGGGGCGGUACGGGAGGCUCUUUGCUGUGGUCCACUUUGCCAGCAAGCAGUGGAAAAUCACCAGUGAGGAUCUGAUCAUGAUGGACAACGUCCUGGAGGCGGAGUGUGGAGACCGCAUCCGGAUGGAAAAGGUUCUGCUGGUUGGUGCUGACGACUUCACACUUAUUGGGAGGCCGCUCCUGGGGAAGGAUCUGGUCCGUGUGGAGGCAACGGUGAUCGAGAAGACGGAGUCGUGGCCAAAGCUGAACGUGCGCUUCUGGAAGAGGCACAACUAUGAGAGGAGGAAAAUCAUCACAAACCCACAGACUGUCCUUCGGAUAAACACCAUAGAAAUUUUCCCCUGUUUGUCCUGAUUGCCUGAUGGGAUGCUGCCUGGCUUAGGUUUAUCACUGCUUCAGGCAAGUGUGGAAAUAAACCUGGUGUAUUGUGUGAAAGUUCUGGGCAUGUUGCUCUUGUCAGAAAUGGAAAA